AAAAAUUAAAUUUUAGUCUAUGGUUCGCUGUUUUUGAGUUGUUGGCGCCGGUUUUGUAAAACUAUUUUUUAUCAACCGCUCAACACAAUAAUCACAAUAUCAACAAUUAAAAAAGACCCUAUUCAAGGUCUUAUUCCAGUUAAAUAAUUAUGAUUGAAUAGUCGAAAGUGGCAAAAGAGUUCACCAAGCAAGAUGACUUCCAUCAUCAAACUUCACUGCCUCUCGGGCGCUGGUGAUGAGUCUCCUCCAUGCUACGUGCUUCAGAUAGAUGAGUUUAAGUUCCUGCUGGACUGCGGUUGGGAUGAGAAAUUCGAUAUGGACUUCAUAAAGGAAUUGAAAAGACAUAUAAACAGCAUAGAUGCAGUGUUAAUAUCACAUUCAGACCCGUUGCAUCUUGGUGCAUUACCUUAUGCAGUCGGAAAGCUCGGUCUCAACUGUCCGAUAUAUGCCACAUUACCGAUCUACAAAAUGGGCCAAAUGUUCAUGUACGACUUGUACCAGGCACACAGGAAUGUGUCGGAGUUCGAUCUGUUUACAUUGGACGAUGUAGAUGCAGCGUUCGACAAGAUUGUACAGUUGAAGUAUAAUCAGAGUGUUGAUAUGAAAGGCAAAGGCUUAGGCCUCCGCAUAACUCCGCUCCCAGCCGGCCACUCCCUCGGUGGAACAGUCUGGCGCAUCGUAGCACCAGGCGAAGAGGACAUAGUGUACGCCCCCGACUUCAACCACAAGAAGGAACGGCACUUGAACGGAUGCGAGAUAGAAAGACUGAUGAGACCGUCACUGUUACUGCUGGGAGCUAUGAAUGCUGAUUAUGUGCAGCAAAGAAGGAGGUUGAGAGAUGAAAAGCUUAUGACAACAAUCCUCACGACCCUCCGAGGAGGAGGCUGCGUGCUCGUCUGCACAGACACCGCGGGCCGAGUGUUAGAGCUGGCUCAUAUGUUGGACCAGUUGUGGAGGAACAAGGAUUCUGGACUGGUUGCGUACUCACUGCUGUUGUUAUCCAACGUUAGCUAUAACGUUGUGGAGUUCGCGAAAUCACAGAUCGAAUGGAUGAGCGACAAGCUAACGCGAGCAUUCGAGGGCGCGCGCUCCAACCCGUUCGCGCUACGUCACCUGCAGCUGUGCCACUCUGUGGGCGAGGUUACGAGGACCCCUGGACCAAAAGUAGUGCUGGCUUCCUUCCCGGACUUAGAAGCGGGAUUUGCACGAGAUCUGUUCCUGCUAUGGGCACCUCAUCCACAGAACUCUAUCGUGCUGACUGCCAGAACUAUUACUAUACGGCUAGCCCGGGAGCUGGUGGUAGGCGGCGACCGCGCUAUAGAGCUGGUGGUGCGGUUAGAAGGAGCCGAGCUGGACGAGUUCUUACAGCAGCAGCGGUUCAAGCUAAAUAAUACUGUCAAAAAAAAAAAGGAAGAAACAGCGGGCAUAUCUUCAGACUCCGACUCGGACGGCGAGCUAGAGAUGUGGGUGGUAACCGGCCGCCACGAUAUCCCGGUGCGCCACGACGCGCGGCCGGCCGGCUGCUUCAAGACCAACAAACGGCACCACGCCAUGUAUCCCUUCCACGAGGAGCGCGCGCGACACGACGACUACGGCGAGCUCAUCAAGGCCGAAGACUACAGACUAGCAGAAAUAGUAGAUGCCGAGGGAGAGAUCCGAGACGUUGCUCCCGCUCCCCCGCCGAAGCAAGAACCUGAAGAGGAGGUGACAGAAGUCCCUAGCAAGUGCGUGAGCGUAGUACGCACAGUGAGCGUGAAAGCCAGCGUUCAGUACAUCGAGCUGGAAGGCCGCUGCGACGGCGAAUCUUUACUAAGAUUAGUGGCGCACGCCAAGCCGAGGGCUAUUGUUGGCCUGCGAGCCAACGAAACGGCCUUGAUGACGCUUAGUAAACACUGCCAGAACGAAGGCAUAGAGAAGAUCUUCACUCCGAACCGUGGCGACAUCAUUGAUGCUACCACGGAGUCUCACAUCUACCAAGUGAAGCUCACAGACAGCCUGAUGAGCGACAUCGUGUGGCGGAAGGCGGGCGACGCCGAGCUGGCCUGGCUCUCCGCCACCGUCGCCGCGCGCCCGCACCAGAGGGAGACCGACGCUACCGCAG